AUGGCUGGGGUGAAUUCCACCACAAUAUGCUUCGACGAUGCUUCGCUGCAGCAAUGUUCCUCGAACAUUAGAUGCUCUCAUGAAUCAGUGGAAGCCUUCCAUAAGACCAUGGGAGCAACUUUGUGGCAGGUUAACAUGCUGGUACUCACUGAUGCUGUUCUAGCUGUAGUACUAGUUGCAAUUGGCGCCUUCGCGCAGCGGUAUCGCCACCACCCCUUCACAAGGUUCAUCUUUCUCGGAGCCACUACCUUGUUAUUGCCUAUUACGUCAUACGUCGUGUCUACAAUCAGCACCGACACCAAUUAUUACGUCAACAACAAAAACCAUGCAACUUUGGCAGCAUCAUGCCGUGGAGGUUUUCAUUAUUUUACAGCUGUAUCAUGGACGUUCCUCAUUCAGAUCACCAUGAUCAACACUAGCAUAAUAGUCGCUGUUGAUGAUAGGGAAGAAGGUCGCAACAAAGGUCCCCCUAUCCAGUUGCUUUUUCAGGGUCUCUGGACCAUCUACCUUGGUGUCUAUGCCAUGGGACCGAUUACGACCGAUAUCUGGCAACUUUACCUUGAAUUGAUGCUUUUUGCUAUCAUUUGUGCUAAAAUUGUGUUAAAAUGUUAUGCAUUUGUGAAGGCCCGGAAAUCCUUUGCAUUUGGGCGUAAUCCUCGUCUUAUUUCUGGGUACAUGGAACAACUACAAGAAGCAAUUCAACCCAAUGGACCAUUGGUAGGUGAGGAUCAUCCUCCUCCACUCUUGGUUAUGGGAGAACAAGAUAAUAAUGUGGAUAUGUGUCCUCAUGGGUAUUUUGUCAAUGCAAUUGGCUUAGUGACCAUUGACAAGGUUUGGCAGUUGAAUGAUGAGGUUUUCCGGUCAAUGCAACAGUUAAAAGACCUGUGCUUGUCAUUUUCAUUGUUCAAAUUGUUGAGAUGUCGAUUUGCAAGGUACGAGCACGCCAAUGAUAGAUCUGUGGGGACUCCUAACUUUUUCUGGAACUUCUUGCUGAGAGAUGGCAACCAUGAAAGGGUCUUCCAGGUGAUUGCAGAUGAGCUUUCUUUCAUUCAAGAUUACUACUUCUCAUCACUUCCAGUCUCCUACUCGAAGUAUUGGUUGCCAAUGUUGAGUGUCAGUAUCUCACUCUUGAGCAUAACUUACUGCAUCUUGGCUACAAGAUUCAUCAUGAUGGGCCUCCUGUCGAAUUGGAACACUAAGUAUAGCCAUCAGCUGCGUUGUCAUUUCUGGUGCAAAGAGAGGCACUUGAUAAGCAACAGUCAGGACAAAAAUUUUGGAUCCUUUUUGUUUGAUGACAUUUCUUUAUUUUUGCUUAUCGCACUAGUUGUGAUAGCGGAGGUGAGGUACAUAGAGUCCUACAUUUUCUCCAAUUGGACCAAAGUAGCCCUCAUCUGCCACUAUAUAAACCAUGCCGCUUUGCAGCAUUCUGUUUGCAUGAGGAAAUGUUUUGGUUUUCUGUUGCAAUGCAAGUGGAAGCUCAUGAAGCACGGGGAUGAAAAAAUGGGCCAGAGUUCAGUGUUGGUAGUUCACCCCAGAAGAACCCCACUUGUUCUUCUCAGGCGUCUCCUGCGUCUCCCGGACCUUGAUAGAAGUGUGAAGAUACCUGACGCGGUGAAGGUCAGCAUCUUUGAUACUUUGCGGCGCUACAGGCAGCACAAUUGGCACCGAUUGGGCAAAGGCACAGAAUCUCUACGCCGCAGCCCAGAAAGAAACAGAUUUCUCUUGUUCUGCAGUAGAAACAGCACAUCUGAUACUAUACUUACAUGGCACAUCGCCACAUGCAUCCUUGAGUUAUACCAACACGGUCAAGGACAAGGUUUUCAGGCCAAUUUCAAUCACAAGGUAACUGCUACUCACCUUUCACGGUACUGCACAUACCUAAUGGCCUGGUCCCCGGAUCUGCUUCCAGAUGAUGAUGAAUGGAGCAAGAGCCUAUAUGAGGCAGUCAAGGAGGACGCUAAGCGUGCCCUGGUGGGGUUCAGUGCAUUGGCACCGAAGUCUGAAUACGAGCAGGUGGUCCGAUUGCUAAGUGACAAUUCUUUAAAGAAUGAAGUUCUCAGGAACGGUGUGAGGCUUGCAGGGCAAUUGGUGGAGUUGACAGAAGGAGAGGCAUGGAUGAUGCUGGCUGAAUUCUGGUCAGAGAUGAUCCUGUACAUCACUCCCUCAGAAAAUGUCAGAGGUCACUUGGGGGCCAUCGCGCGGGGCGGCGAGCUGAUAACAUUUCUCUGGGCCUUGCUUACACAUGCUGGGAUCAGGAGUUGGCCUGCUGACGUUGCUGGCACUGCUAUUGCUUAG